UCUCGUCUCACCAAACGGUAAUAGUGGGGCAUUAUCGUCCUUUUACCCGAGUAAUAAGAGUGGUGUGCCCUGUGCUGUGACGUGUGCGUCCCUCUCUAUUUAUACAUCCCCAAUCAACAACGCCCAACGCGUAGACGCUUCUGGAAAGCUAAAAGUCAAGCCCUGUCUGUCUCUCUCAUCUCUCAUGGUAGUUUGGAAGAAGAGCUGCAGCUUUGUGCUUUUGACGCUGGACUUUUGGUCUGUAGAGCUGUGGUUUGCUCCAGAUAAGAUGCACUUCCGGUCAUCAUCGUACCAACAUGCAGAUAUUGUGCUGGUUUUUAUAUCUAAAUGGAUGCAACUGGUUGAGGAGAAAAAGAAACGAGCCUGGGAGAAGAAAGAAGCCCCGCUGAAGUGGGAGCAGAAACUAGAAGCUGCUGCAAAGGCAAAAGCCGAUGCCGAAGCCAAAGAGAGGAAGUUGAAAUCUUCAAAGCACAAGAGAAGAUCUGUGUCAGAGUCUGAUAGCAAUAGCGACACUGACAGAAGUGAUGGGAGAAGAAAGUCAAGUAAAAGAACUCACAAGAAGCACGGGAAUCACUCUCACUCUGAUGCAAAUGACAGUGAAGUGAGGAAGGAGAAGAAAUCCAAGCGAAAGCUAAAGAAACAUUCCUCAGGCUCAAGUGAUGAUAGCAGUGAUGAGUAUGAGAGUGAUUACGACGAAGAUAGGAAGAGGAAGAAGAGAAGCCAUAAAAAGCACAGGCAUCAUGAUUCUAGAUCAGAUUCUGGUCCCGAUUCUUCCAGUGAUGAUGAGUAUGAUACAGUGAAGGGAAGUCAUUCGAGGCACCACAAGCACCAUCAGAGGUCAGACUCAGAAUCUUCUGGUUCUUAUAGUGAUGAAGACGAGUGAAGAACCCGAAGGGGUCGUGCCAAGCACCACAAACGCCAGAGACAUUUGAGAUCCGUUUCCCCCGAGUCUAGUUAUGAGGAUGGUGAGGUUAGAAGGAAAGGGUAUGCAAAACACCAUCCACGUCAUAGGCGAUCACGACCGCGUAGCGUUGAUUCAAGAUCAUCAGAGUCUGAUUCCCACAAACGUGACAGAAGGAGCAGAUCUGUGGGGAAGUCAUCGGAUGACAACCGUGAUGAGGCUGACAAACAGUUGAAGCACAGGAGAAGUGGCCAGCAUAGCCAUCAUCAUCACAAGCAUCGUCACCACGAUUCAGAAGAGAGAAAAGAUCACCAUCCUCGGGGUUCAACUGAGCCCAACGGAAAGCACUUAGAAGAUGCUAGAGGAAAAACAGGUGAAUGACAGAUCUUUAAUAUGCGGGUUAUUGCUUUGACCGGAUUGGUCUUCUUUGCCUUCAAUUCUUGAUUGCAGAGAGGGACCUCCCUCCUCUAAGCAUUGCAUUCUCGGUUGCCUGCAUUUGUACCUAAACUUGCUACUUAAAUUCAGAUGCCUUUCCCUUGCUUAA